AUGAUAAAAUUUGGUUCUGGAAGUUACAGUGUUCGCGAAUCUGAGGGUCUCAACCCGCAAACUCUCACAUCGCCAUCGUUCCGAACAAUCACAUGCACUGUUUUUUUUCUCGAUGAUACUGAACGAAACUUUGAAAUUGACCGGUACGCAAAAGGUCAGAUUCUGCUGGAUAAAGUAUUCGAGCAUUUGGAGCUUGUCGAAAAAGAUUACUUCGGCUUACAGUUCCUGUCGUUUAUUGAAUCUAGUCAGACGGGCAUCAAGAAAUGGUUGGACCCAGCAAAAUCCGUAAGAAAACAAAUGUUUUGUCCUCCAUUUCGGUUGUAUUUUAGGGUCAAAUUUUAUAUUAGUGAUCCGUCGAGGCUUACCGAAGAGUAUACAAGGUAUCAUAUUUUUUUACAACUUCGACGAGAUUUAUUAGAAGACCGUUUGGUUUGUACGGAAAAUAUGGCAGCAUUGUUGUCCAGUUACGCUGUGCAAUCAGAAUUUGGUGACUAUAACGAAGAGGAACUUGGAAACAACUAUUUGGAUGAUUAUCCAAUGAUAUCUGCACCAAGUGCAACGUUUCUGAAGAAUGUUAUGGAAUUGCAUAAACUUCAUAAGGGACAAACGCCUGCAGAAGCAGAAUUUAAUUUUUUAGAAAAUGCUAAAACUGUUGAUACAUACGGUGUCGAUUUAUAUGUUGCUAAAGAAUCAAAUGGCCAGUCUGUGGAAGUUGGUGUAAGCAGUGCUGGUGUAAUGGUAUUCCGAUCCGGUCAACGGGAAUCGUUGUAUCCGUGGUCGGCAAUCAUGAAGAUCUCAUUCAAAAAGAAGCUCUUCUCAUUGUAUAUGCGUGUUAUUAACGAACAAAACGUUAGUUUUUGUUGCUAUUCUAAUGGAAAUGAAGUAUAA